UGGUAUCUCCGUCGAGAGCUGAGAGCAAAAACACUUCCUGGUUCUCUUGUCUUAAGAGUGGUAACCCUGGCAACGUUGUUGGAGAUUGCGCGCGAACGCCUCCAGUUUCAAAGAUUCACUUUUUACUCGUCAUGCUAGUUUAGCUCAGCUAGCUUCUCGCACAGUACAGUUUCCUCGGCAUCGAAUAAAAGAUGGCAAACAUGUUAUCACUAAAAGAAUCAGUAUUGGUUUACUUAGACAGAAGUGGAGGCCUUCAGAGACUGACUGAAGACUGCAAACGACUCAACGACGUACAGCAGAUUGAGGCUGUGUACAGGUUUUGUAUUAGUGUGAAUCCAUCUGAUGUGAUAGACGUGGAUGCUGUUUUGGGUGACUGUGUUCUGCAGCAUCCUCUUAAAGCCACAGCUUUGUUUCAGUCUGUUUGCUUCCUGGCCAUAAAGACACUUUCACUUGUGGAAAAAAUACACACAGAGAACCAGGUGAAUGUUAUUCUAAAGUUGACUCACCUGCCUCCGUUCCCUGAGUACACACUGGACCUUGGUUGUUUUCCUCGUGGGUAUGGUCCCAUGAGGCCUGUCUCCAUUGAGGGCCUGGUUAUUGCGAUGACUAGGGUCACCAAAUACACCCAGGGGGCCAGGUUCCUCUGCAUGAGCGAUGACUGUCCUUGCUCUACAGCACUGCCUUUAGGGUUUCACCACAUUCGUGUACAUGCACCUGGAGCCACAGAGUCAGCUACCGUGAGAAACAACUUCAGCUGCAUGGUCUGCAGCUCCCCACUGAAAGAGGAUGUGAAGUUUCGAGUACUGGGAGACAAACAGCUGGUGGAGCUGAUCCAUGUCAAAGCACUGGAUGCUCUUGGUGCCAGUCAGCAAGGCUCCUUCAGGUACCAGUCGGUCACCCUGUUUCUCAGAGAUGAGCUGUGUAACUCAAUGAGAAUCGGUCGACUCUACAGGGUGUUGGGCAUUCCUGCGCAUGUGCACCAAUGGCCGAGCAUCACCUGGAGUGUAGAGGCAAAUAACGUCCAACCGUGGGAGCCAGAGAGUUUCCAUAAAGUCAGCGCCCGCUUCCAGGAGCUCUUAAAGGCCACAGCAGGUUUCCCCUGGAGGUUCUCUGCCAUUGUGGCUCACUGCUUUGGGUUACACGUGUCUCCUCCAGGCCUCUACAACACCUUGAAGCUGGGCGUGCUGCUCAGCUUGGUGCACGCAAGUGCAGGUCUUAAGGACACAUUUACCAACUUGGAUCUCCUUGUUGUCACCACUGAUACGCUCAUACUAGACAGGAUCAUGACAUACGGCCUGGGCCUGGCAUGUCGUGGGGUCAGGCAUCAGGUCUCAGGGGAGAUGUUUGCAUCUCUGUCCCGGGAUGAACACGGGGCAGGCACUGCUAACAUCCAUGCUGGCUCUGCCCUGCUUGCCACCGGUGGUGUUUGCAUGUUGGGAGAUCUGGGCUGUUACAAAAAGGACAGGCUGGAUGCCAUUCAGUCAGCCCUGGAGAGCAGCACACUGUCUGUGUUUAUUCCGGGGAAAAAGUACGGAGAGGAUGCUGAUCAGCAGAUAUCCUUCCCUGUGCAGUGCAGUUUCUGGGCCUUCACGGAUGCCUCUCGGCGAUCUGGCAGGUCAGACUGUGUCAUACUGGGAACAGCGGAUAUGGGCCCCAUACCAAUCCAGUUAGCAGAUGCUUUUGGCUUGGUCCUUCAGUGUAGGGACAUGGUAGGAGAGCAGGCCCUUCUCGCCCAGACCGUCCACACCCUCCAGCAGGCAGUGCAGCCUGGAAAACCCCUCUACUCAUCCAGCUGGGAGUUUUCUAUUCAAGACUACCAGGAGCUGAUAGCUCAUGCUCAGAGUCUGCAAGUGGAGCUAAGUCCUGAAGCAGAGAAAAUCCUCCAUGGAUACUACAUGGCCAGCCGAAGAGUCCGAGCUCAAAGUCAGGGUGUGAAGAUGUCUGUGGCUUCUGUCAAACUACUGGUGUCGUUGGCUGAGGCUCACUGCAAGUUGUGUCUGAGAACACGAGUGCUGGAGGAGGAUGCGGUCAUCGCUGUGCUCCUCUGUGAAAACUCUGUCACCCUCAAGCAUGGGGCCUCUGCUCUCGUUAUUCCACCGGACGCAGCGUUUCCUUGUGACCUCGGAGACGUGGAAGGUUUGCACAGGAGGGACGUGACCCUUGAUGAGCUCCACCAGAACAUCCUACGCUUCAUCUACGCCUACGCACCGGGUGCAGACACGUACAUCGCUGAGGAAUAACACCUCUCUAAGGGUGCAAAUAUACAGUGUUCGAGUUAAAUGGGCUAUAUAGGUGGUGGCCAGUAUCAAUACGUCAAGUUUGGACAGCUUGGUGUCCGGCGGCACGGACGGCAAAGUCCUCUGGAGCUCCAGGAACGCAGUCCUCAGAGUCUGAACGCGGCUCCUCUCCCGUGCUGCGUUCGCCGCUGCCGGGCGUCCUCUGCCCCCGAGCCCGCUGCUCUGCAGCAUCCUGCUGGCCCGCUGGAGCUCCCGACGACGGCCGUCCGGACUGGGACUGGAGCUCGGGCUGGAUACUGGGCUGUCAUCCACCACCACCCCGGAGCAUGUAGGGCUUUCCAUCCGGAGCUCGUGUUUGCCAACCAUCCGGUGCACUCACAGACCUGAAGAGUAAAAUCAGAUUUAGACACGUGAAGAGUGUUAACCUGGCCUUUAAUGUGCACUUUUAUUCGUUCAGCUGAAGUUAUAAAAAUGAUUUGAAUUCACCAAAGUUUUGAAUUUGCCCACAUGCCUCUGUUCUACUUUUAAACUUAACUUGUAACUUAUAUGGUAAUUUAAUGUAUUGUCCAUGCACAUAUUUAUUAAAGCAUUUAUUAAGCUG